CGGGAAAGGGAGGGGCGCCGGUGAGGGAGCGCGGCCGGUGAGGGGCGGCGCCGGGCAGGGAGCGUGGCCCCGUUGCCUGCGGGCGGGUGUCGUGCCGGCCGGGAGGAUGAGCCGGUUCCUGAACGUGCUGCGCAGCUGGCUGGUGAUGGUGUCGGUCAUCGCCGCCGGGAACACCCUGCAGAGCUUCCGCGAUCACCGCUUUCUCUCGGAGAAGCUGUACACCGCCAGCCCCGGCCUCGUGAACGGGCUCCAGGCUCGGACCUUUGGCGUCUGGACCCUGCUGUCAUCGGUGAUCCGCUGCCUCUGCGCCAUCGACAUCCGCAAUAGGACCCUCUAUUACAUCACGCUCUUCACUUUCUUUUUGGCCCUUGUUCACUUCCUCUCCGAGGUCUUCGUUUACCACACUGCAGCACUGACAAUUGGAGUUAUGGCACCCCUCAUGGUAGCAAGUUUCUCUAUCUUGGGGAUGUUGAUUGGCCUGCAGUACCUGGAGGUGGAAGCACUGUCACAAAACAAGAAGAAAAACUGAAGCUGAGGGCCCUGUGUAGGUCAGAGUUGUAUCGUAUCUUCACUGCCAAACUUCCACUAAAGCUCAGCUGAACUUCUCCAGGACACCAGUCCUACUAGUGAAUCAAUGUUGGACUCUGUCAAUCAUUCUUCAUUACCAAGUGUUUUUUCUUGUUCAGGCAACAUUUCAACUGAUUGAUGUCAAAGACCAAGUCCCAGAGGAGUUCAUGUCAAAGCUUGCGGGGUGCAGUUGGUGACUGCCUCCCUGGAGAACAGACAGCAGGGAAUGUCCCAGGUGUGUCCAGGGCACUAAGGAAAUCUCUCCCAGUGUACCUGUGGGGAGGAGGUGUAGAGCUGCCCAGGAUCCACCGAACACUUCAGACCAGAGAGAAUGUGUGCUGGCCCUGGCACUGCUGUGUAACUUGCAUGUGUGUGUUCCUUGGGGGCCAUUUCUAAUAAAUGACAGAAAGGUG